GCCCAGAUUUAUGAAGAAGGCCCCUCCUGCAGCGGGAAAUGUCUCAAAAUCUCCUGCUAAGGGGAAAGGCACGAGCUCGAUAGCUCUGGUGUCUUCCAUUACUGAGAGGAGGAUUCCUCCUCCUCCUCCUCCUCCACCUUGGUUCAUGCCUCCUUGGGAUCAAGUAAUACAAGCUGAUCCUACAGCUCCCCCUGCCCCAGCUGCGACUGUCGGAAUACCAGUAGAUCCCCAGGAUCUAGAGAAGCUCCCGGAAGCCUUUUGGGGAAUCCUUUAUGAGAUAGCGAGCCACAUGGUGGGGCACGCCUAUAAGGCCAGCUCGAGGGACUUAAGGACUAUCGAGGAGCGGAGCCCAGAGAACGUCAUGGAGUCAGCCCUGGGGAUGAACCUUACAUCUGCCUUGGCUCAAUAUCGCAGUAUAGCCCAGGCUAGGACUAGAAAUGAUGAGCUCCAGGCUAAAAUAAACGCCGCCAAGGCUGCCCUGACAGCUGCUCAAGAAGGUGAGCAGGCCGCCAAAGCUGCCUUUGUGGCUGCUCAAAAGAGCGAGUAUGAUGCCAAGUUUUCCCUCGCCUCAUCCCAGGAAAGCAAGAAGGCUGCAAAGAUUGCCUUGGUUUCUCUCCAGGCUCAAACUGCACAACUCCAGGCCGAGGUUGAUGAAGCCAAAGCAAAACUGCUCGAGGCUGAGGCUGCAGUCAAAGAAGAGAAGGCGACCUCAUUGUCGUCCAUGGAGGAUAUGUUGUACCAUUGUUGGGCCUUUAACCAGGAUGGGAACUUUUCUUUCAUGGAUCCCGCGUUGUGGGAUCCGUACCUUAAAAAAUUCAAGGCUCAGAUUUUGCAAGAACCGUCAGAAAUAGGAGAUGCUUCUGCGGCAGGCAAGCAGGAUGGCGAGGAGGUUACAUCCUCAGAGCGACUUGGAAGAGCUCAGUGACAAUCUUU